AUGAAAAAUACCAUUUCCAUGCAGACAAUUGGAGUUCAACAAACAGUUGAUUAUGUUGCUCCAACAAAAUUUGAAACUCUCCAACUCAACCUUCCCAACUCACAUACAACAACAACAGAUGUGAGGAGUAUCCAUUGUGGUGGUACGUUUUUUGUUGUGAGACCAUGGUCAUCAAAUCGAAAAUACUUUGCGGAGGAGCUCUAUGUAAAGUUUACUACUCCAUCACCUAGAGGAUGCACACAUUUACAAUCCUUGCUAGGUUCUUCUUCAUCAUCUGAUAGUAGUGAAAGCUCUGAUACAAACCCAUUUUAUUUAUUAGAUUAUCGAUCUGCAAUUGACAGGUUAGAUUUCGUAAAAUGUUAUCAAAUUGAGAAUGUUUAUUGUACACAGGCAUACAUUAUAUUACAAAUGGAGAAUAAUUUGCUGUUGGGAUUUGGUCACGAUACAGAACAUGCAUUUUAUUGCAAGAAAUUUAUGGAUGAUGGAAUUAGAGAGAUUACGUGUGGACCACUCUCUUUUCAAAUUCUUGUUUGUGGAAAUGAUGGAAUGGGUUAUUAUUUCAGAGUGGAUGCUCCUACAUUUUUAGAGGAUGAAAAGUUCCAUUUGGAUUUCACUAAAAGAAAAUAUAUCACGGCUGCAGUGAGUGGAAGAUCAACAUUUGUAGUUUAUGAAAAUGAGGAUGGAUCUCAUCACAUUUUGAGUCACGGCGACGAUCAAUUUCGUAUACAGAGUGGUCAACCUUCUGAAGAUAAAUUCUCUGAAUUGGAAACACCAUUUGAUGGAAGAAGAAUCCAUCAAAUUAAAUGUGGAUAUUUUCACACUUGUGUUUUAUUAGAAGAUGGAGAUGUUUACACAUGUGGAUACAAUGCAUAUGGACAAUGUGGAGUCCCAGGCCCAGAUCAAAAUUUCAUCAAAGUUAUCUUUCCAUCCUUUCCAUUACAACCAACCAAUGAUCAUUUUCCUGCUGUUUAUGAAGGUAGUUCAACAAGUAAUCACAAAUUCCAACCCACACGAAUUAUUUGCUCAUCAAUUGCCACCUUAUUCUGCAAUAAGGAUGGAUUUAUGAUUAUUGGUGAUCCAGUAACUGCCUUUUCUCCAAAAUAUCAAUUCUUUCCUUCUGUUGAUUGUAUCUAUUAUGCUUUUAAUCAGAAGAUGAAGAGUAGCCUUUAUACCCAAACUGUUGAAUGUGGUGGAUGGCAUGUUGUAAUUUACAACAAGAAGGUUGUGGAAAGUAAAAGUAUGAUAUACUUUUAUGAUAAUUUGAAAAAGAUAAUUACUGAAACAAGUUUUUCAGAUAUUCAAAUAAAAUAG